AUGGCAAGCACACAAGUUGAAUCAAGAAAAGCGUCGUUCGAGCUACGUCCACUGCCGGCGGACUCGCCCGCCGAGUCGCCAGCACCAACACUCGAGCCCCCGACGCCAGCAACAGGCAGCUCGGACGCCCUCCCGACCACGGCGCGCGAGGUACCUUCACUCCCACCGGUCGACCGAGGUAUCGGCGCCUGGUCGUUCCUCGUGGCCGGCACGGUCGUCGAGACAAUCACCUGGGGCCUGCCGUACUCUGUCGGCGUGCUCCACGCGUACUGGGCGCACGAGAUGUUCCCAGGCAACGAGGGGACGAUCACGCUGGCCGCGACACUCCAGAACGGCAUGCUCUUCGCCGGUGCGGCGUUCUUCGGGCCCCUCCUCGCCGCGUUCCCAAAUCACGUCAAGAUGCUCCAGAUCGCCGGCCUCGUCGUCGCCGCGGUCGGGCUCAUCUCGUCGGCCUUCGCCUGGCACCUCGUCAUCACCCUCGGCUUCCUCUACCCCUGCGCCGGCGCGCUCUACCUCCCCUGCGUAUCCAUCAUCUACGAGUGGUUCCACGCCCGCCGCGGCCUCGCGACGGGGAUCAUGUUCUCUGGAGCAGCGGCGGGCGGCACGUUCUUCCCGCUGCUGGGCCACGCACUUCUCCAGCGCUUCGGGCACAAGGGCACCAUGCUGACCCUCGGCGCGAUCUUCGCCGUCGGUAACGGCGUCGCGCUGCUGUUCGUCAAGCACCGUGUACCCGUCGCCCGGGUCACUCGCGCGCGCCGCCCGCGCAUCGACUACAGCUUCUUGAAGCACCGUGCGAUCUGGGCCAUGAGCGGGUUUGUGGUGCUCACGGCCAUGGGCAACUUUAUCCCCUCGCUGUGGAUGCCAACUUUCGCCCAAGUCGUUGGUACCAAGAAGAUCGGCGGCACGGACCUCGUAUCACUGAUGUACGCCGCAUCGGUGGUAGGCAACCUGUCAAUCGGGUGGCUGUCAGACCGCUACCCGGCCGGAUGGGUGGUUUUCGGCGCGUGCGUCAUGUCGUCGCUGGCAACAUGGACGUUGUGGGGCUGGGGCGCGAGCGACGCGCUUCUGAUCAUGUUCUGCCUGGUCUGGGGCUUGACGGGGUUGAGCACCGCGUCCUCGUGGAGCCGGAUGAUCAGCUACAUCUCGCCAGAGGACGACCCGACCCUGCCUGGGUUGUUGUUCGCCAUGGAGACGGGCCUGCGCGGCGGCGGCAACUUCGCCUCUGGCCCGCUGUCGACCGCCCUGCUCAAGACGAGUGUGCUCAAAGGCGCCGCAGGGGUGUACGGCUCGACCAACUAUGGCGUGCUGCUGCUCUACACCGGGGCCGUGACGUUUGUCGGCGGGCUCAUCGCCGCCAUGUUCCCGAUCACGUCGCGGCGCCUACAAGCGACCACGUCUCGCGCACGCACGCCGCUCGAGGCCGCCGGCGGAGCGGCGGGCGAGAAUGCGAUCCCGCUCACCCCGCUAACGACAAGCAAGUCAACCGACGGCCCCGCACACGACCUGACAGCGCUCGCAAUCGCGCCAUACGACCCCGACCUGCUCGCCGCGGCCACAGGCGACCCCGAAUCCCCGCUCGACGCGACGCCCGCCCUCCCGCCCGUCGAUGGCGGGCGCCAGGCGUGGCUUUUCCUUGCCGGCGCGACGACGUGCGAGAUGAUCGUGUGGGGGCUGCCGUACUCCGUUGGCGUGCUGCACGCUUUCUGGGUCGCCGAGAUGUUCCCCGGCGAGGAGAGCACGGUCACGCUGGCUGCUACGCUGAUGAACGGGCUGUUGAUGGUCGGCGCGGGGUUCCUGGGGCCCAUCCUCGCCGCGCUCGCCCAUUACACCAAGUACAUCCAGAUCUUCGGCCUCGUCUGCGGCACGCUCGGCCUCGUCUCCACGGCGUUCGUGACGCAGGCAUGGCACCUCAUCAUCACGCUCGGCCUGCUGUACCCCCUCUGCGGGGCGCUCUACCUCCCCUGCGCGACGAUCCUGUACGAGUGGUUCCAUGCGCGCCGCGGCCUCGCCACGGGGAUCAUGUACUCUGGCGCCGCGGCGGGCGGGACGUUCUUCCCCCUUCUCGGACACGCACUGCUCAAGGGCGUAGGGUACAAGGCGACCAUGAUCACGCUCGGCGCAAUCUUCGGCGUGGCGAAUGGUAUCGCGAUCCUCUUCAUCCGCCGGCGCGUGCCCCUGCCUAAGCGUCAUGCGGGUGUCCGCACGCGCGUGUUCCCCAAGCUUGAUUGGGGGUUCCUGCGCCGGCGCGCGGUCUGGGCCAUGUGCGGGUGGGUGCUUGUCACGGCCAUGGCCAACUUCCUGCCCACGCUGUGGAUCCCGACCUUCGCCGAGGUCGUCGGCCCCACUCACCCUAGCGGAACGUCCCUCGUCGCGCUCAUGUACGGCGCCAGCAUCGCGGGCAACCUGCUCACGGGCCACCUGUCCGACCGGUUCCAAGUACGCUGGGUGGUCCUCGGCUCGUGCGUGUUUGCGGCCGUGUCGGCGUGUGCCUUGUGGGGCAUGGGCACGAAAGAUUCGCUGCUUGUCGCGUUCGCCGUCGUGUGGGGACUGACGGCGCUCGCAUCCGCGUCCGCGUGGUCCCAAAUGAUCAUCUACGUCAGCCAAGACGACAUGACCCUCCCUGGUCUCCUGUUCUCCAUCUUGACGAUGCUCCGCGGCGCGGGCAACUUCGCCUCUGGCCCCAUCUCCACUGCGCUCCUCAAGUCCGGCGCGGUGGCCGGCGCAAAAGGCGCCUAUACCACCAACUACGGCUCGAUGAUGCUGUACACUGGUGUCGUGACCUUUGCCGGCGGCCUCACGGCGCUCAUCUUCCCGAACACAUAGAACGCUUCUUCAUCGUAUCGACUACUACAUGGUGUACUACAGGG